AUGAGCGCGAUCCUGUCAGCAGACGAUCUGAAUGAUUUCAUUUCGCCGGGGGUCGCGUGUAUCAAACCAGUUGAAACCCUUCCACCGAAAGACACAAAGAAUCACGAAGAUGCAUAUGAAGUAACAACGGAAGACAAAGUCCAGCCCGAGAAUCUACCCCCCGCACAGAUUUCUUUGACAGACUGCCUCGCUUGCUCUGGCUGUGUUACAUCUGCUGAAGCUGUGUUGAUAUCACUUCAAUCUCAUGCCGAGGUCCUCAAUACACUUGAUGCGCAUCCAGAGAUUCCUUUGAAGUAUGAGCAUCAUGGGGUCACAGUCAAUAGUACCGAAGAUUCUGGAGAAGGUAAGAUCUUCGUCGCGAGUGUCAGCCCGCAAGUCAGGGCUAGUCUGGCAACGAUUUAUGGGAUUUCAGAGAAAGAAGCGGGGUACAUGGUCAACCAAUUACUUAGUGGCCCGCAGGGCUUGCGGGGUGGGGGCAAACACGGCAAUGGAUUUACAUGGGUUGUCGACACCAAUGCCAUGAGAGAGGCUGUACUGGUACUCACUGCAGACGAGGUUUCGGACUCACUCAGCUCAAGUGAAUCGUCAACAACGAGCCAGUCGGAUGACUCUCUUCCCAAGCGACCUAUCUUAUCCUCAGCAUGUCCUGGAUGGAUCUGUUACGCCGAGAAAACUCACCCUUUUAUACUCCCACAUCUUUCUCGACUCAAGUCCCCGCAGGCUCUGUCGGGGACAUUCCUCAAGACCGUUUUGAGCAAGUCUCUCGGGGUCCACCCUUCUCGGAUUUGGCAUUUGGCCAUCAUGCCCUGCUUUGACAAGAAGCUAGAAGCUAGUCGGGAAGAACUCACAGAUGUGUCAUGGCGACAGGGAGAUUCCACAGACUCUGAAACGCAGCCCGUUCGUGACGUGGACUGUGUUAUCACUGCCCGUGAGCUUCUGUCUCUAGCUUCGUCCCGAGGGUUCUCUCUGCCAAACCUACCUUUGCAACCUCUGCCUUCGUCUUUUACCCCGCCCUUCCCUGAAAAAACCCUCGAUUCUUUCCUUUCCUUCAAACGAUCUCGCACAGAGCAAUCUCUUGCCACUGGCACCUCUGGAGGCUACCUACACCACGUUCUCAUGACUUUCCAGGCUCGCAAUCCAGGCAGUGAACUUGUGAUCAACCGCGGACGCAACGUUGACGUGGUCGAGUACGUGCUCAUGUCUCAAGAAGGUCAACCCAUUCUGAAAACAGCCCGCUAUUACGGUUUCCGAAAUAUCCAAAAUCUUGUCCGGAAGCUCAAACCCGCGCGUGUAUCGAGGCUUCCCGGCGCAAAACCUGCCGCUAGACCCGCCGCAGGUCGGCGCCAGCCUAUAUCUCGUAACGCUGCAUCCACAAACAGCUCAGGAUCAGACUAUGCCUACGUGGAGGUCAUGGCCUGCCCUGGUGGGUGCACGAAUGGCGGUGGCCAGAUCCGAGUUGAGGACGCCAGAGAAUCCAUUGGUUCUUCCCAAGGAAUGGCCCCAGACGCAUCUAUGAAGCCAUCGCCACAUGAGCAGCGCGCGUGGCUUGCUCGCGUCGACGAGGCUUAUUUCUCUGUGGAAUCUGAGUCUGAGUCUGAACUAGAGACUCAGUCUCAGCUGCCUGCAUUGGCUGACAAGGAGGCUAAAAUUCAUGAACGCUUACGGUCCUGGUCAGAAUACAUGGACAUCCCCCUCUCUAAGCUUGCCUAUACUACCUACCGCAAGGUAGAAAGUGAUGUUGGCAAGGAUCAAAUACCUACUAAUGAUACAAGUCGGGUUGUCGAGCUUGCGGGGAAGAUUGGUGGUGGUUGGUAA